AUGACCACGGCCACAGCUCUUGGGAAAGGAGCUCGAUAUCGGUCUGGAGAUGGAUGUCAGUUCUCUUCGAAAAAGUGCCCCCCAGGCGUCGGGAUGGACAUGACCUGUGAGCUUCCCUUUGGGUUCGUUUGGACUCCCAUGGCCCCAUGCCCCGAAGGGAACCUCGCGGUGGUUGACUGCAAAGGAGAGGCUCUGCCACCUGUGCUCUGCAUAUCCUGCCUGACGUAUAUCAAUCAGCAUGCCAAGUUGCACCCUCGCAAAAAAGUCUGGGAGUGUCCUCUCUGUGGGUCAGAUGAAAAUGUCUUGGAUCCCGCGUUGGUCGAAGAAGGCGGACUCCUCUCAUCGGCACUUUCGACCACCACUGUGGAAUUUCGACAACAAUUUCAUGUUCCUGAUGCACCCGCAAAAAUCCAAUGUGAGACAUACAUUUUGGUUCUUGACUCCAAUCUGAGCCGAGAUGAAGCCAAUGCGGUUGGAAUGGCAAUCCAGGCCACAAUUGCUGCCAGGGAAGAUGAUGGAACGGAGGUCAAAAUUGGUCUUAUUGUCUUUGAUAAGAGUGUCGCCAUGUAUCAGCUUGGUUUGUCGGGUAUGGCUUCAGCCGAUUUGUGCACCAUUAAACAAGCCAACAGUGAUGAACAUCUUGCCAACAGAAGGAUUCAAAUUCAGUGCCGUCCGUACCUGGCAUCCGUCAAAGCUGGCGACGACGACUUGCCUUCUUUGUGGCGCUGCCUUUCGGCGGUUUAUGGGACGACACUCAGCGGAGACGGCAUUGACGUUGAUUCCUCUCCCGAGGAAGCUCCUAGGCCGCUCUCGAGGUUGGAAAAACUCAAACACCGGAAGGAGGCCAGGCAACGUGAACAAGCUGAAAAGAAUAAACAACCUGACAUGUCGCCCGUACCGCAGGAGUCGCCUUGGAUCAAGGCGCAGAAUCGCCAGGCGUCGGGACACCCCCAUCGUUGUACAGGCGAGGCCUUGCAAUGUGCCAUUGACCUGGCUACGGUCAGUCAAUCGAAAACUGCCAGCAGGUCGCACGUUUUACUAUUUACGAAUGGAUGCCCCAACUUGGGAGAUGGGAGUGUGGUGGCCUCAACCAAGGGGAAAAAGACACGUCGUUCCUCGAACCCAUCAGUGCAACGCCUCAAGCCAGAUGUCAUUGAACCAGAGAGGUUGACAAGUGCUGUACAGUACUUUGAGAGUCUCUCAGAAACUGCACAGGAACAUGAAGUUGGCAUUGAUGUCUUUUGCACAGGUGCCCACGAACUGGGUUUGCCAGUCUUUCAAGCAAUGGUUGAACCAUCUGGUGGGUAUGUGAUACCCCACGAAACAUUCACAACCCCCCACCUGAAACAUAAUCUUGGGUUCCUCUUGAGCGAGACUUUCUUGUCCAAAUCAAAGAGGGAGACGUCUGAUUCGACAGUAGCUCCUUCCUCUUCUCACAGUUCAACUGAACUCGAAGGAUGCCUGGUUGACAUGCGCAUAGCAGGGUUCUUAUCUGCAACCCACCUGGUUGGGUCUGGUGAAUUGCUUGAUGAAGAUCACAAGGGUCUUCUCAACAACGAACGAUCUGCUUUUGCAGUAGGCGCCUCGCUAGCAGCGGGAAGAGGAUUUGCUACCAACGAGCUCCCUGCGACCGAAGCUGUGAAUGAAACACUCACUCGCCUCUCACUUGGUCGGUUCGACCCGCUUGCAACCCUUUCUGUAAUGCUUCGCGUCAACGAGGAGUAUCCGAUGGACGACACCGCAUUCUUUCAAUGCGUUGUUCGGUAUGUAGAGAAAGAUGGCCAAACGCUUGUCACGCGCGUGUGCAGUCACCAGAUGCCGGUAUCCAAGGACACUAGCGAUUUCUUGGAGUCUGUGGACGAAGAAGUGGUUCCCGUGUUGCUUGGAAAGGAAGCGGUGUACAGAUCCAUGUUUGGACGUGAAAUUUCCGAUGAAAACGAAGUAGUGUUGGCUCCUGACAAAGAGCAGCUUGAGCGAUUGGCAUACGAAGCUCAACGUGACCUGGACGCGACUAUCCAAAGAGUGUCAGGAGCGUACAGGUUGCUUUGUCUGGAGAAAAGCUUGAAGAGCAUUUCAGUGGCAUCGAAUGGUGGGGCAUCGUCCUCUUUGGAUUUUGCUUUUCCACCAGAUCUGGCAGUUGCAUUGGGCCGCUUAUUUCAUCUUCGCCGUGGUCCUCUCAUCAGCAUUGAACCAAUCCAGUCCACAGAUGAUCGUGCCGAGAUACGAUCUAUGUUUCUGAGACUGCCACUCGAAGACUGCCUCCACAUGAUGGCACCUUCUGUUUGGAGUUCAGGAUCUGUUUUGGUUGGUGAAGCAUUACGGGAAUCUGUUCCAGCUGAAACUCUGUCGCUUUGGGACCAUUGCAUCAUAGCAGCAGACCACGAAGACCAGCUGUUUGUGUGGUCUGGCCAGGCAACUUUGAAGCCUGAAUACGAUGCAAUCCGAGAGCAGUUCAAGGAAUUCUUGUUGGAGCGAUCCCAGAAUCGAUUCCCAAUGCCAAUGUUGCACAUGCUUGCAGAAGGCGAUUCCAUGAGUCGUCGUUUCACUUCGCGGUUGUCUCCAAGUCAUGCGGAUCCACCAGACCAGCAGCUGGCCCAUUUCCCUGCUCUUUCCACUCUCUCCACAGAAGAGCUGUCAGCACUACGGUCCAAAUUUCGCUUCUAUGACCCAAAUGCAGAUCCCAGCUUUAGAGGUUGGUUUUGGGGAGUUGCGAGUGCGGCAAGCAAUAGCAAAGACAUGGGUUUGUCCUUGUGUGAGUGA